AUGCUCUCACGCGCCUCAUCAAACUGUUCGGACAAGCUACAAAUUGAAGAACAAGUAGCUUCCGCCAUGGCCGAAGCAGAAGUUGAUGGCUUUCUGGAUAAUGAUCAUCAGGCCGCCUACAUCUUCAACCCUGAUGAUGAGCCGGUAGAAAAUGCCCGUCCGGCCAAGAAGAGGAAGGUUUCUCGCAAGUCAACUCAAGGGCCCGUGAAGGUCCAGAAAUUGUCCGAAUUCCCGCGUCUGUUUGAGACAGAAUCGGCAGCCUGUAUGAGCUUGCGUCAGCAGUUAUACGAAGAGACGUGGGCCGGCAUCGACUCCCGCAUCCAGAAUGUGUUGAGAGAAUCCAAUACAACAACACUGGAGGAGGUUGGCUCGUUCGUUCGCGAGGCGCAUGCGGAAACAGCGAAGAUUCCAUCUGCUUUCAUCAUAACUGGCCCCAACAUUGCAUCUCAGGACCUCCUCUUUGGCCAGCUUGCCGAAAGCCUCCAUGAUGUCGUAGAGGGCAAGUUCGUUCGGGUGCUGUCUGCGGAGGCUCCAAACUUGAAGGCGUCCCUGAAGAAGAUCAUUCGAGAUGUUACUCGACGAGGAUCCGACUCUGAGGAAGACGCCGAGGUUUCUAUCGGAAAAGAUGGCCGGAAGUACCUUGAUUACGACCUAGAAGCGCUUUAUGCGUUCGUGCAGACUCAUGAGUCGAAGCAGGUCAUCAUUGCAUUCCAGGAUAGCGAGGCCUUUGAUACUAGCCUUCUAACUGAUCUGAUAGAGCUUUUCCAGUCCUGGCAAAAUCGCAUACAGUUCACACUUCUCUUUGGUGUUGCAACCUCAGUCGAGCUAUUUCAGGCAAGACUACCCAAGUCUGCUGCGCAACACUUGUAUGGCAGCCAAUUCGAUGUCGUGCAAGCCUCUGCUGUCCUCGAGAGCAUAUUCAAAUGUGCCGUGGCUCACGCCCAGAGCCCUCUGCUAAUUGGGCCCUCUUUGCUGCGGAGCAUUGUUGACCGACAACAGGAUCAAGUAGCAGGCAUACAAGAUUUUAUUAGCUCUUUGAAGUAUACGUACAUGUGCCAUUUCUAUGCGAAUCCGCUGUCCAUAUUCAUAGCGCCAGCUGAACAGCUCGGGAACGAUGUCGUGCAGACAGAACAUCUCGAAGCUGCUCGUAACCUGCCAUCUUUCCGCUCUCAUGUCGAAGCAGCCAUAGAAGCUUCAAGUGUUCAGCAUAUAAGACCUCUGCUCACUGACGACGCAUAUCUCGAAAAACAAGCCACAAGACACGUUGUUCUCGGCAAGAAGUGGACCACAGUGCUUCUGAGAUCAGUUCUGUACCUCAUCGCAACAGGACUGCCGAAGGAAAACUUCAUAACUUUAUACAUAAAUGGUACAAUGGAUGGUAUCGACUUCCAGGCUGAGACCUCAGACUUCCUAGAUUCUAUGAGACGGAUGACCCCUGACGAGGUCGUUGCACUCAUACGGCGCGUAAUCGCUGUGACCAAGACAGGCGAUGCAGACUUGGGCGUGCGCGGGUGGGAAGCUGAAUCGCAGGAUCUCCUGAAUGAAUUAUUCUCGAUCGAUCAGGAGAUAGAAAAACUGAAGGCUCAGGUUGAAGCAAAGGGACAGAGCUUGCGAAGCAAGUACACUGCGCAGAGCAAAAUCUUGCGAACUACGGUCAUCGCACAGAAAGUCCAGCUCAGCCAAGACACUGCUACUCUAACGGAGGAAGACAACGCUUAUACGGACUUAAUUGAUGCUCUGGUAGAGCAUCUGACGGCUGCGGUAUCGUGCGAGCCCUCCGAUAGCAUGUUUCUCCACGAGAUUUGGCGUUUCGAUUUCAAGUCUCCUCACAAGGACGUCUUCACCCCACGACCAGGUUCAGUGCUGGAGCGGGCUCUUGCUCGACCGCACGACUACCUGGCUUGUGCUUGUUGUGGCGAGGCACAGGGCGGUGUCGCGUCUACUCUUCCUGCGACGGCCAUUCUAUACCAUCUAUAUCUUGAGACCGGAGCUCUCAUCAAUGUGGCAGAUUUGUGGACGGCGUUCUAUACUCAGGUAGGCGAGGACAGCGAGGGAGAAGUUGAUGAGCGAACUGCAUUAGUGUUGUUCUACCGAGCUCUUGCUGACUUGAGAGCACUGGGCUUCGUCAAGGCAAGCAAGAAGAAAGCAGACCACAUUGCAAAGUUGAAAUGGCUAUAG